UGCCACUGCCCGGGCGAUAGGGCAGCUCAGCCCCGGGGGGUGUUACGCCCCUGGGGGCCGGUGCAUGUCUCUGUGGUGGUUUCCCCCGCAUAGGAGCUAGGCUCGCAGUCGGGUUGAUCCUUGCUCCCUGUGCCGGGAAGGGAGGCAGCGUGUUUGUGAACAUGUUCCCAGAGAGCCCGGGGAAUGCGGGAGACAGCCCCGCAGCGCGUUCGAGACGCAGCGAGAUGCAGCCGGCACCACUGCUGUUCUACAGGAAGCUCUGUUAUGCCAUAGGGGGUGCUCCAUACCAGAUGACAGGAAACGCCCUCGGGUUCUUCCUCCAGAUCUUCCUAGUGGACGUUGUGCAAUUGGACCCGUUCCAUUCCUCUCUGAUCCUUUUCCUUGGGCGAGCCUGGGAUGCAGUUACAGACCCCGCUGUCGGCUUCCUGAUCAGCAAGAGCCCCAGAAGGAGGUUUGGCAAGCUGAUCCCCUGGAUUAUCUUCUCCAUGCCAUUCGGGGUGGUCUUCUACUGCAUGAUCUGGGUCACCCUCUCAGACGCCGUGCCUGUCUCCCUCAAGUUCCUUUGGUACCUGGCCAUGUACUGCUUCUUCCAGAUGAGCAUGAGUUGCUAUCAUGUGCCGUAUUCCUCCCUGACCAUGUUCCUGGGAGGGAAUCCGCGAGACCGGGACUCAGCCACCGCCUACAGAAUGGGGGUGGAGGUGUUCAGCACGCUGGUCGGCUCCGGUAUCCAGGGGCAGAUAGUCGGCGGGUACCACGCCAGCAUGAUGAAAAGCUGCAGCAUGGCCAAUGGGCCUCUGUACAACAUCACCUCCCCGGGGCUCACUGAUACCUUGGAGAACACGCGCAGGGCGUACUGGAUUGCCUCCGUGGUCCUGGGCUUGCUCUACUGCACGGCCUGCCUGAUUCUCUUCUUCGGAGUGAAGGAGCAGCCCGGGCCCCUCAGUCCCUUGGGAAAGACUCAGCUGCCCUUCUUUUGCAGCCUGCGAAAAAUCCUGCGACACCAGCCCUAUGUCCAGCUGCUCUGUGGCUUCCUCUUCAUGUCCCUGGCCUUCCAGAUUGCUCAGGGGAUCUUUGCCUUUUUCUGCAUACACGCUGCUGGGCUGGCUGGGAGGUUCCAGCACUUGGUGCUCAUCAUGCUGGUCGUGGCUUCCCUCUCCAUUCCCUUCUGGCAGUGGUUUCUGGAGCAUUUUGGGAAAAAACCAGCUGUGUUCGUGGGCCUAUCAUUAAUUAUCCCUGCCCUCAUCGUUAUCACCCAGGUGAGCCACAACUUUUUGGUCGUUGUCUUCAUGAUGGUAUUAGCGGGAUGCAGCCUGGCUGUCCUCUACUUGUUACCCUGGUCCAUGCUACCAGACGCAGUGGAUGAUUUCAGGCUGAAGAAUCCGAACUAUCUAAACCUGGAAGCUUUUUUGUACUCGUUCUAUGUUUUCUUCAACAAGUUUGCAGGAGGACUCUCCUUGGGGAUAUCAGCAAUGAGCCUACAUUUUGCAGGUUACAGAGCCAGUGACUGCACACACAACCCCUCUGUCAUCCUCACGCUGCAGAUACUCAUGGCCCCUGUCCCAAUAAUCCUGCUGCUCAUUGCCAUGGCCAUAUUCUACUUCUACCCCAUCAACGAGGAGAGGAGAAAACAGAUGAGGGUGGAGAUGGAGGCAGCUGGUUCCAGGGGUCUGCUGCAGGGUGUCAGCUUGGGGCCUCCUAAUGCUUCAGAAGAAGGCUGAAUUAGGAAGCUUCAGGAGGUAUAAUAUGGAUGGCCAGCAGUGAUGGCUCCGUCAGAUGUCUCCUCCCCACCCUGUACAUUGAGAUGGGGAUGACUAGAAUAACACCCCCCCAUCACCACCACCAUUUGCUAGCAGGCAGUGCUACCUCAGGAACAAUUGGAGAUAUGGGUCCUGAAAUGUGUCUCUGAGCCACAGUGAUUGUCCCCCCUGCUCCCUUUUGUCCCCAUGCCUAGAUAUUUGGGGAGAAAAGGAAAAUUUGCCAGGAAAAAAACCCCAUUUAUAGCCAGGGCGCUCCAUGUUGAUGCAGUGGGACUGGGUCUGGGACCAAGCACCGCAUCCUCCCUCUCUCUCUUUAAUGUGGAUUUUAAGUUGGAUUUCAUAUUCAUUUCUGUUCUUUUUAACUGUCAUUAGGUAAAGAAUGAAAACCCAGGAUAAACUAAACCUUGAGCCAAUCUCGGGAAAUUCACUUGGAAAGAAUCCAGUAUUGCUACAUGGCCAUGAGGAUGCAUCCGUGUAAUUUAAAGGCUCAGCUGCCUGUUGUUGCCGAUUUUCCCCAUCACAAAGGACACAGCCCUGCUUUCUGCCUUUCCCUGUGCGAGAUCGGCCGUGCAGUGCUUCUGCAGGGAGGCCAGCAGAGUUGGUGGCACCCCACAGCACUGCAUGCUGCCUGGCUUAGCUUUUGCUUUUCUGGCUGCUCUGGCACUCUCAAAACAGGACCAAAGGGUGGGGGAGAUCAGGAUCAUUAGAGAGCUAAGUUUUGGAAGAAAUACAAUAUUUUUAGGAAGGGUAUCGUGUGCAUAAUAUAUUUCUAGGUCAUCAGACUGGCAAGAUGAAGUCUCCUAGACUGUACUAACCCAUCCAUCUCAUUAGGAACAAAGGAAUUGUCACACCAGAACAGACAGGUGGUCCAGCUCAUCCAGGAUCCUAUCUCCGAUAGCGGAAUGGUCAAUGCUGGCUGCUUCAGAGGAAGAUGUGAAACACCCUCCUUAAUGAUCCUGACUGAGUAAUACUGUUCCUGUGAGGAGAUGGGGGAGGACGGGUCCUUUUGACCCCAUGUGGUGAUCAGUUCCUGCCUUGCAGCUCGAAGAUUUACUUCUGUCAGGUUCCUAGGUAAAAGUAGGCAGGACUAGUGGCAAGAGCUUGGGAUCCUAGAACUGAAGCCAGGAAUCAGAGCCAGUACCAGAGUCAAGCCGAGGGUCUAGCCAGAGUCAGAAAUCAUGUCGAGGGUCAAUACCAGAUAUCGGGGGCUGUGUUGGGUUUCCAGGGGUUGAUUAGGAAUCAGAAUCCGAGUCAGAGAGAGGUCAGUACCACGAGAUCAGAAGUACGGUAGCUUUGUCCUCACCCAUAACUAUUUCACAUUUGUGGACAAUGUGUACCUUCAAAUCAGCGGCACUGCGAUGGGUACCCGCAUGGCCCCACAGGAUGCCAACAUUUUUAUGGCUGACUUAGAACA